AUGGACAUAUGUUUGGUUGAUGAUGGAAAAUACAAAUGCCGUGAAUUUGUGAGGGAACAUAAUCAUGAGCUUCAUAUUACAUCAACAGUUCAUAUGAUGCGUUCACAGAGGAAUAUGUUAGACAUACACAAACAAGAAAUUGAUUUGGCAGAUGACUCGGGGAUCAGGCCUAGAUCCACAGUUGAGUUGAUGGGUAGUUUGAUGAAGUACUUAGUUACCCAAACUAGGAACAACCCAUCUUUCACAUACUCGUUUCAACUGGAUAGUGAAAAACAAAUAACUAAGAUAUUUUGGGCUGAUCCAAAGAUGAUCAUUGACUACGCACAAUUUAGAGAUGUAGUCAGCUUUGACACUACAUUUCGCACCAACAAAGAGUGUAGGCCGUUUGGGUUGUUUGCUGGAUUCAAUCAUCAUAGAGGGUACACUGUAUUCAGAGCCGCACUUUUAUAUGAUGAAACAGUGGAAUCUUUCGAAUGGCUGUUUGAGCAAACUGUUAGUAUAAAGUAUGUGGUAACCCACUUCAAGGAAUUAGCAUGCACUUGCAUGAAAUUUGAGACAGAUGGUAUUCUGUGUUGCCAUUGUUUGAAAGUUUUGGAUGUGUUAGACAUAAAGCGUAUUCCUGAAUACUAUAUUUUGAAGAGAUGGACACGGGGAGCAAGAACUAUAGUGGUCAAUGACAGUAGGGGGAAAGAAGUUGAACAAGAUGAUGGUAUAGGCGAUUCUAUUUCCCAUAUAUCAUCUCAAGCAUCUGCAGCUCAUCAAUCACUGGAUGAAGAUUAUAUUUAG